AUAAACCAAAUAAUAAAACUAUGAUAGAUGAAAAAAGACAAAAUAAAGAUGAUAUAAAACAAGCUAGUGAUUUGAAAGGCAAAGGAUCUAAUAAACCAUCAAGACAACCUACAGCUGAUGCUAAACCAAAAGCUGCCAAGCAAGAAGUAACGAAAGAAGAUAGGAGAAAAGAUAAAAGUCCCAUUAGCAAGAAAGACGUCAAAGACAAGGAUACCAAAAUAGAUCAGUUUAAAAAAGAAUAUAAUCAAUUAAUUGAAAAUCUGUUUGUUGAAAGUGAAAGAAAAGAAGGUUUGAAGGAGAAUUUAGAAGGGUAUACUAUUAAAGGCACAAACAAACAACUUGAAACUAAUAAAAAUAAAGAUGUGCAAUCAGAACACAACAUUGAACUUGCUCAAAAAAAUGCAAAACGAAAACGGAAGAAAUCAGAUUCUGCAGAUCAAUAUAGCAAUAUCAAAAACAAAGAUGAAAAUCCAGUAGAACAUUUUACAAAAAAAGAGAAGAAAAGAGAAGGUAUCAUUUCCAAGGGUGAUGAAAUAAGAAAAAUAAAAGAAAGUGAACCUAGUCUCAAACAAAAAAAGGGAGAACAUUCAAUGGGUUCCAUGGUAAAACAGUCUCCUAAAGAUAUUGCUCUCAAGCAAGACGUAGAUACUGACGUACCCAUCCAGACAGAUGAGAAGGUUAUAGAACAAUGUAUGGCAGUAUCCUCAAAGGAGGUUAUUCAGAAACAAGCUGAAAAAAGACCUAUGGAAAUCUUUGAUGAUAAGCCUCACGUUGCAAAACAAGAUUUGACAGAUGAUAAAAAUACGAAGCAUGAAGAAAGUAUUAAAAUGAAAAAAUCUGUCGAGACUGCCACAUCGAACAAAAACAUACAUAAAAAUGAAGAUAAUGGUACAAAUACAAACCAAGUCGGACAAAGAAAACGUGUAAGCGAUGUUAGAAGAAGGAUUAGGUUUGCUGAUAAAGGACCAGAAGAUCAAAAUGGCCACAAUAAGGUACCUAUAAAGAAGAAUAAUAUAUGUAAGAAGAUUACUGAGGUUGACCAAGUUGUAUUAGAAGAAUCUGAAAAAGAACAACAGAACAAUUCAGAUGGAAUAAAUGUUACAACAAUAAAGACUGAUGACUCGGCAGAUAAAAAUAAAAAAGAAGCACAAAAUAGUAAAAAUAAAAAUCCGACGGAUUCUCCUAAACAAGAACUAUUGACAGAAGUUGUAACCCACACAAGCGUGUCAACAACUUCUAGCAGUACAGACUCCGAAACUGAUUCAGAGGAAGAAUCGUCUGAUGACAUUUUUAGCUCAAUUAAGACUGUUAAUAAACUUAUAGAGAUAAAAGAUGUCGAGCAGGAAAGAAGUAAGCAAAUAGAAUCUGUUAUAAGUUUGUCCGAUUCCUCCACAAGUGAUGAUACAGUUGUAAUGAGCUAUGUCAACGAUUCGAAAACAAUCGAAAAAAAAUUCGAUGAUUUAGUGUCUCGUUAUAUGGAAAAUUUUACAACAGAAAAUAUAAGCGAUAAUCCAGAGAAAGUACUACACACAGUUAUAGAUUAUAGUCAACCUGCUCCAAAUACAGAUAAUACAGGAGUAGAAGUUAAAAAUCAAGCAAAUCAUUUGUCAAAGGAAAACGUAGAUAAAACGUCAGAACCAAAAAUAAAAGUACUGGAAGUGAUAAAUAUUGUCAAUGUUCAUAAAAAAAUAGAACUUUUUAAGUCUUCUAAUAAUGAAGAGGUCACAAUGGUAAAGUCAAAAGAAUGUAAUACCGAGAAGCCAGUGACAACAUGCAGUAAUUCAAGCAAUCCCGCAAAUCAAAAUAUUAGUCCUAGGUCUGCAAGAAGGAGAAUAACCCCUACUCCCGUCAAAGAUAACAAACCUCUGUGCAGUUUUGAGAAUAUCCUUACGAAAACUUCCCAGCCUGACCCAUUCACGGUUUCUUUGCAAAGUAUCAGUUCGCCCCUACAACUCACACAUGAAGGGGAAAUACCCAUCCUACAUUUAGAGGAAAAUCACAUCAACGACUUACCGACGGAGGUGAAUAUCAACGAUAAGAAUAUAAUGAAUCUAUUGGACUCGAUGAACAUUUCUAACAUAGAGUGUGACAUUCCCAAGUUUAAAAGCUUUAGUGCCGAGGCUGCAGCAAAUUCUGAAGCAACAAAUGCAAUUGGUGGCAGCGGCUGUGGUUUAACUUUCGAAAAUAAAAUAGAACAGACUACAUCUACGCCGAUUAAGAGUCAAGUAACGAAAAGUGGUGUUAGUAAUGUUCCAAAUUGCGGUGGUGCAAGUACUUCUAAUGCCAGUUCCAAUACGCAGGCUGGGGCUGCGCCAUCAACAAUUCGGAGGAGGAGAAGACGGUGUUGGAUGAUUGUAAAAGACUAAUGGUUUUUAUUUUUUGUAAAUACUUUUGUAUAUAGAUGUAAAAACUUGUUACCGAUGCAUAGAUUUUUAUAUUUAUUUUUUUAGUUAAGCGAAACCACAGUUUGGGAAGUCUUGUUCUAAAUUUUAUACUUAAUAGGAUUAUAUUAUAUAUUUUAAAUAUUUUUACACUUGGCAUGUUCAAUUUGAUUAAAACUUUUUAGUCCAGGUGGUAUCUGUUUUAAAAAGGGUAUACUUGGGUAAAAACGCGUAUGAUCGGAGAUUUU